CCGGCCAGGUGCUCGGCCGAGGCGGCGCGGAGCCGAGCCGAGCCGAGGGGCGCGGGGCCGAGGCGUGCGGUCCGCGUUGCCGCCAUGGUGCAGCAGCAGCAGCAGCAGCAGCAGCAGCAGCAGCAGCAGCAGCAGCAGCAGCAGCAGCAGGGCCCCGGGGAGCGGGGGCCGGCGGGGGCCGCGGCCGCCGAGGUGCGGCUGUCCCGGCGGCGCUGGGCUGUGGUGCUGCUCUUCAGCAGCUACUCGCUGUGCAACGCCUUCCAGUGGAUCCAGUACGGCAGCAUCAACAACAUCUUCGUGCGCUUCUACGGUGUGACCACCUUCACCAUCGACUGGCUCUCCAUGAGCUACAUGAUCACCUACAUCCCCCUGCUCUUCCCUGUUGCCUGGCUGCUGGACAAGCGGGGCCUGCGCCCCAUCGCGCUGGUUGGCUCGGCCCUCAACGGCCUGGGCGCCUGGGUGAAGCUGGGCAGCUUGAAGCCGCACCUCUUCCCUGUCACCGUCCUGGGGCAGGUCAUCUGCUCCCUGGCGCAGGUCUUCAUCCUGGGCAUGCCCUCACGCAUCGCCUCUGUCUGGUUCGGCUCCCACGAGGUCUCCACCGCCUGCUCCAUCGCUGUCUUCGGAAACCAGCUUGGCAUUGCCCUGGGCUUUCUAGUCCCUCCAGUUCUGGUUCCCAAUGUGGAAGAUGAGGAGAAGCUGGCCUACCACAUCAGCAUCAUGUUCUUCAUGACAGCAGGCGUGGCAACGGCCCUCUUCAUCCUAGUUGUCAUAGUCUUCAGGGAGAAGCCUCCGCACCCUCCGAGCCGGGCUCAGGCCUUGAUCCAGUCAAGACUGCCAGAGGAAUAUUCCUAUGUGCAAUCAAUCCUCCAACUGCUCCGCAGUACCAACUUUAUGCUGCUUAUGGUCACUUACGGUUUGAAUACAGGGUGCUUCUACUCCCUGUCCACUCUGCUGAACCGCAUGGUGAUCUACCACUACCCAGGGGAGGAGGUGAAUGCUGGCAGGAUUGGACUCACCAUUGUACUGUCGGGCAUGGUUGGGGCCCUGAUCUCCGGCAUCUGGUUGGAUAGAACCAAAACCUACAAACAGACAACGCUAGUGGUUUAUAUCAUGUCUCUGGUGGGAAUGGUUGUCUACACCUUCACUCUGAGUCUAGGUCACCUCUGGGUGGUCUUUGUGACUGCAGGCGUGCUGGGGUUUUUCAUGACAGGGUACCUUCCACUGGGUUUUGAGUUUGCUGCAGAGUUAACAUAUCCAGAAUCGGAAGGAACAUCAUCAGGGCUCCUUAAUGUCUCAGCACAGAUCUUUGGUAUUGCUUUCACCAUCAGCCAAGGACAGAUCAUGGAUCACUUUGGGACAAAGGCAGGAAACCUCUUUCUUUGUUCCUUCCUGUUCCUGGGGACCAUCGUGACAGCAUUCAUUAAGGCUGAUCUCCGAAGACAGCAGGCCAAUUUGGAAAGUGAACAGCCAAGGACUCCAAGGCAGCAGUCAGAUCAUGGAUUACGGACUGUAGCUUGUAACCCUAACCCAUCAAUUUCCAUUCCUGCUCACUAGCUCAUACACAAAGAAAGUGAUGCCUGAAGCCUGUACUGAUGCCAUAGUCCUUGAAGAAUCGAAGCUGUGAAACAGAGGGGUGGCAGAGCUGGGAAAUGCACUCUCCUCCCCAUUCCCACAUCUGCCACCUAUGCCAUUCUCCUGUCAUGCUUGCAGUAAAGCAGUGGGCAGCCUCGGAGCAGGAGCCCAGUAAACCCCUUGCAAAGUGUGGAAAAGAGCAAAACAAGAAGAGAGUUGCUCUCUUCAGUUACAUCUCUGCAUCUUGCUGUUUUGCAGACCUUACUGCUUGAAGCAAAACUUGAGCAAAGCCACUGUUCUCCCCUUUUCCCCUUCACCAGCUCAUCUAUGUUUGGAAGAAGCAUACAUGGUCAGAAAAGCGAGGCUGCAUUUGCAGAUUAGCACUGAGCACAAGCAGGCGAGAUGAUACCCUGCACCUGGCCUGUGUUUCCUCUUUCAGAGAAGCUUUGACAUUAAAUGUAGAAGCUGGACCAUGCAUACUUUGUGAGCAACCCUGGAAGAGUUGUGAUCUGCCUGUGAAGAAGCUGGAUUGCUCUGCCUCAGUGCCUGUGAUGCUCUCCACAUUGCAGAGGUGAUGGUAGAGCCUCAACACAUCUCCAGACAGUGCAAAGCAGUACAUCUGCUGCUGCUGCUGCCAGCUCCAGUUUCUGUAUGUGGCUAUCCCCAUUGCAACACUUUGUGGAUAAACCUCUAUUUAGAAUUCAUUUUAGGUUGCCAUGAUGUUCCUAUCUAUUAGGAAUAAUUGAGACACCAGUAUGCAUCCUGGGCAGAUUCCAGCUCUCAUCCUGCCUAGAGGCACGGUCUAGCUGCAGGGCUUAUGUUGAAUCUACAGCCUGUACCCUGCCCAGCGCAGCUCACUAGCAACAGGAUUCAAACCACAAGCUCCCUGGGCUACGGACCACUAAUGAUAAAAAGUGCCUCUUGCAUGUUUUAACACAACAUGAAAUCUUUUGUGAAGUCCUAUACUGGUAUAGCCAGCCAGGAUUGCAUUGUUUUGCACUGCCACAGUGAGGUGUUUGACUCACGUGGGAAUGAAGAUUUGCUCCAGUGUGGAAGCUUCCCACUUUUUAAUAGGCAACAGGAAUAGCCCACUUACCAGCAUCUGUGUCUUGCAGACACUUCCCCUCUGUAUGCUGUUAUUUCCUGAUCACAGGUAUAGAUCCUUAUAUCCCUUCUACUUCCUUUACAGCAUCAGACAGAUAGUCACUGCCCUGAUGGAGACAUGGUGUCCUUAUCCUCCUUAAAUAAUGCAGUUGUGCACAAAUAAUUUUGAAAAAAUAAAUGUUAAAGUAGAUAAAAAUAGCUCUCUUGGACAUACCAUUUUUGACGAAACCUUUCUUGUGAAAUUUUACUUUUGAAACAAAAAUGUUAAAGUCCCAUAUUUGAUAAUUUGGGAUAGAACAGUGGGUCUAAAAAUGUCUUUUAAAUAAAGAUUUUCGUAAGAAAGCAAAA